AUGUCGGCACUCCUCCCGCCGCCCCACGGGCCACGCGCCGCCGGGGACCCCAAGAAGACCGACGUCGCCGGGGGCAAGCUACCCCCCUGCGCCGCCGGGGACCCCAAGAAGCCCGGCGGCGGCGGCGUCCGCUCCGCCGCCAAGCUCGCGCUCGCGUCCUUCCUCGGCGUCGUCUUCCUUUUCGCCGUCGACGCCUUCCUCUCCGGCGCUGGCGCCGACCGCCGGCUGCGCCACCAGUACCAGCAUUACCUCGGCGCUGGCCCCGCCGAGAGCGCCCCGCCUUCUUGGCCCUCUGUUCCCGACCCCACCAGCUUCGCCGAGGACGUCCUCGGCGGCGGCCGCGCCGAUAGCGCCCCGCCCUCCUGGCUCUCCGUGCCCAACCCCACCAACUUCACCGGCGACCUCCUCGCCCGCUGGCUCACACCCGGGGGCUCGCCGUGCCGCGACGCCCGCACGGUCAACAUCUCCGUCCCGGCUCUUGACGGCGCCGCGGCGGCGGGGGGCGUCACCAAGCUGAGCGCCACCGAGAUUCACGAGUUCACGUUCUGGGCGCUGGACGGCACCGUCCUGCGGCGCUGCCUCGGCGGGGACUUCUUCGAGAUUGAUCUCUCUGGGGAGGCGUGGAAGUCGCGCCCCCCCGUGGUGGACAACGGCGACGGCUCCUACACUUUCCGCCUCCAGGUUGCGCCCCGCUUCGCCGCGGGGGAGUUCCACCUCACCAUCGUCCUCCUCUUCCGCAGCUUCGAGGGCCUCAAGUUCUCCUCCGCGAGGUUCAAGUACCGCGUCGAGCUCCGCCGCAUUCCUCUACUGUUCCGGCCGGGCAACGCGUCGCUCCCCGCACUGGAGACUUGCCGGGCCGCCGACUUCGCGCGCGACGUCUGGUCCGGCCGGUGGACGCGGCUCGCCAGGAACGACAAGUGCGAGGAUGUGGACGACGCCGGCCGCUACCGGUGCCUGGGGCCGGAGCACCCGUGCGAGGCACCGUGGUGCGACGGGCCACUGGGCGCGCUGGAGAGCAACGGAUGGGUUUACUCGGCGCACUGCUCGUUCAAGCUCUUCACCGCCGACGCGGCGUGGCGGUGCCUUGACGGCAAGUGGCUCUUCUUCUGGGGCGAUUCCAACCAUGUCGACACCAUCCGCAACCUCCUGACUUUCGUUCUUGGCGUUGAGGACACAUCCGCAGUGACACGCCGCUUUGACGCCGUGUUCACAAAUCCCAGUGGCGAGCCGGGCACCCUGCGGAUCACAAGCAUCUUCAACGGACACUGGAACAUGAGCAUGAACUAUCUCGGCCUGCAUUCCCUCCGGCACAAGGGGUUCCGGCAGCUUGUCCGGUCAUACUUUGUGGGCGAUGAUCGUGUCCCCGAUGUUGUCAUCCUCAACUCUGGCCUCCAUGAUGGGUGCUACUGGAGCAGUGUCCGCGCUUACGUUCAGGCCACCGAGUAUGCCGCGCAGUUCUGGGCCGGCGUCAUGGCUAAAGUGAGGUUGCGUGGGCUUGCCGUGCCAAGGGUGUUCUACCGGACGACGGUCGCGACUGGCGGGUAUGCUCGGGACCUGGCAUUCAAUCCAAACAAGAUGGAGCUAUUCAAUGGUGUGCUCGUGGAGAAGAUGAGGCAGCAUGGCGUGCUCACAGGCGGGGUGAUAGACAACUUCGACAUGACGUUCCCAUGGCACUACGACAACCGUUGCAACGAUGGCGUGCACUACGGGCGCGCACCGGCAAAGUUGGUAUGGCGGGACGGCAAGAUCGGCCACCAGUACUUCGUGGACCUCAUGCUGGGGCAUGUGCUCCUCAAUGCCAUCUGCAAUGGAUGA